CCUCAGCUCAGCUGACCAACCUCUCGUACAUUAUUCCAGAGUGAAGCGUGUGCGCCCCGAGCGGUGAAAUAAAGCCGAUUUUCCUCACAAAAACUGAUAAUUACCGAUAUAUCACAGAAAUCGAGCCUUCUAAUAUUUGAAAGAUGGCAGACACAGAGCAAAGGAGUCCACCUCCUCCCCCUCAGGCUGGACCUGUGCAAUUCCUCUUGAGUAAUAAGCUGGAAACGGCUAUGUGGCUGUCACGGCUGUUCACUGUCUACUGUUCCAUCAUGUUCAUUCUGCCUCUGCUUGGGCCCCAAGCAGCUGCUAACUUCUAUCAGAGGGCAUUGCUGGCAAAUGCCUUGACCAGCGCUCUGCGUCUGCACCAGAGACUUCCUCACUUUCAGCUAAGCAGAGCCUUCCUGGCUCAGGCCUUACAGGAGGACAGCUGCCACUAUCUCCUCUACUCCCUCAUCCUAGUCAACUCCUACCCUAUCACAAUGAGCAUAUUUCCUGUGUUCCUCUUCUCACUUCUCCACGCCACCACCUAUACUAAAAAAGUCCUUGAUACCAUGGGCCCAAACAGCCUUAUGUUUGUGAGGAACUUUCUGAACAAGCUCACAGCCAAUCAGCAGAACAUCCUAAAGUUUAUCGCGUGCAAUGAGAUCUUCUUGAUGCCAGCCACAGUCUUCAUGCUCUUCAGUGGCCAGGGCAGUUUGCUUCAGCCCUUCAUCUACUAUCGGUUUCUCACUCUGCGCUAUACAUCAAGACGCAACCCAUACUGCCGGACUCUCUUCACCGAACUGAGGAUUUUACUGGAGCAUUUUGUGAUGAAGCCCAUUUGCCCUGCCUUCUUCAGGAGGAUGUGCCUCAACAGCAUUGCCUUCAUUAGCCGCCUUGCUCCCACUGGCGUCUAACUGCUCUCUCUGAACAUUCACACAUUACUACAGUUCACAGAUUGGGACAGUUUCAAGAUUGACUUACAAGCAAGAUGGCCAAGUCUGAUCGCUCAGAGAUGGAUGUCCUCCUCUGCACUGAGGCGUUUGGAGAGACUCUCAAUCUGACUGCUUCCAAAAAAAAACAAAUCAGCCAGAAGAUGUAUCUCUGUGCACAGUUGUCUGUUAAGGGGGUACAACUUUUUUUUCAGUUCAUUAGAGCUUUUAUAUUGAUUUUGAUUUUUUUUGGGGGGUAGAGAGGAUCCCUUGAGACAUUGAAUCUUAAAUGCUAGGUUAAAUAGAUAUAGCUCUUAAUAGCUUGUCCUUCUAAUGAGAUCAGUCUGGGAACUCAAAUUUCAGCUGUCGUUACACUUGUCUGUUCUUCAGUUUGAUUCCAUUUGUAUGUUCUUGCUAAGAAUUUUUUUAUAUAUUGUACUGGAUUACCUUGAAAAUCUUAAUGUACCUUGCCCCCAAGCUUUUCCCAAUAUUUGACCAUGAUCUAAAUGCCAUUUGAGUCCAUGAAGUUUUAAAUGUUACUUCAGGAUGCCUUCUUCAUAUGAACAGAUGACUAAGGUGUAAAUAUCCUGUGAUUCUCAUCUAUCACAUAGAGAGCCCUAUACUUAACUGUUCUUUGCCUUCAAUGCUAUUUAUUGUCAGGGCAAGUUUUUUUUUGCAUUUUAGAAUUUGUCAAUUGUUUGCUUGUUCAAGGCAUGUUGUCUCUGUAUUUAUUGCCACUGUUUAUAACUAUGGUCUGUGUAGAUUAAUAAAAUCUAUGAUCUAAUAAUAAAUUGUAACUAACA